AACGCCAGCCUGCAAGAUAUUCCUGUGUUCUCACUCAUCGCCUUUAUUUUUUAAACCAAAGAGGGAUUACAAAUGGCUUUUGUACUGACAUACUUCAGUUUGAGAGGUCGCGCUGAACCGAUCCGGCUGAUGUUGAAAGAUCAGGGGAAGGAAUGGACAGAGAUUACUGUCACCAUGGAGAUGUGGAGCAAAGGCGACCUGAGGGAAAGUUGUUUGUUUGGCCAGGUGCCCAAAUUUCAAGAUGGAGACCUCACUCUGUAUCAGACCAAUGCCAUCCGUAGACAUCUGGCUCGAAAGUUUGGAGUGUAUGGAAAAGAUGACAAGGAGGCCUCCCUAAUUGAUAUGAUGGAUGACUCCCUACAAGAUCUCCUGACCAAAUACGUUAAACUGAUCUAUCAGACCUAUGACACAGAAAAAGAGAACUACAUCAAAGAGCUACCACGCGACCUGGCUGUGUAUGAGAAAAUCCUGGCAUGUAACAAAGGAGGUUUCCUUGUUGGAAAACAGAUCUCCUUUGCAGACUAUCUCCUGUUGGUCCUGCUGCUAAACCACCAGGUCCUAAGCCCCACUGCUCUGGAUAAUUUCCCAGCCCUUCGGGCCUACAGAGAUAAACUGAGUGCUCGUCCCAACAUUAAGGCCUACAUGGAGAGUGAUGCUUUCAGAAACAGACCCAUCAGCGGCAAUGGAAAGCAAUGAACCUGAGCUUUGAUAAGAAACAGCAAGCACUGAAGCAAUUAUUGUUGUCAACAUUUUUUUGUACGUGAACAAUACAAUAAAACUA